UGGGAAGUACUCUUGACGACCACCGCUUUUUAUUGUGAAUCUCACAUGACCCUGCCACUGUGAUGGUGUUUGUUUGGAGUGUUGUGCUGUCUUACUCCGCCCGUCUUUCAGAAGCUCCUCAUACGGAUUUGCUUGUCCGCUCUUAGGUUAUGGCGGCGACCGUGACGUCGUGCCAGGUGAAUGAGUUCUCAAGGCGGAAGAGGGAAAAAGAAGAGAGACAGUGCGGCCGUCGGCGCCAGGCUCGAAGGGGAGCACCUCGAGCAGGUGUCUCCGCAUAAACGCAACUUGUUUUACGCCUCUUACCCACUGCUGGCGGUCUUCGCCCUGUUUCGUUUUCUUGCGCUCCAUCUCGGGGUCCUGUUCGCCUGGUUGUGCGAGCGCUUGUCCCGGGUCAUGGCGGCUAAAAACCAGCCGUCUAGUCUGGCCGCGGAUGAAGAGGAUACCAGCAACGAGCGGGUGCAGCGCCAUCACAAGCAGGCCUUCGGGUACAUUUCCUCGGCGCUGCGGAUCGACGAAGAUGAUGGAGCCAAAGAUCAAGCAGUUCAGAUGUACAGAAAGGGUAUAGCUGAGCUGGAAAAAGGCAUUGCUGUUCCAAUUAGCGGACAAGGUGAACGGGCUGAUAGAGCCAGGAGGCUACAAGCCAAAAUGAAGACCAAUUUGAUAAUGGCAAAGGAUCGCUUAGACCUAUUACUGAAGAUGAUGUCAGGUUCAUCAAAAUGUGAGUCCCAGAGAGACAUCUAUAAAGAAAAUAGAAACCAGUCCUUCAGUAAUGGAUGCCUUCAGUCAGAGAGUGGUGCAGUUCCAAAGAAGAAGGACCCUUUAACUCACUCAAGCAACUCUCUUCCACGAUCCAAAACUGCAGCAAAAAAUGCAACAGGACUUGCUGGUCAUCAUCGUUCACCCAGCUAUAGUGGGUCUUCUAUUUCAAACAGUUCCAGGGCACCAGCUCAGUCUUCUUCAGUGAGCAAGAUCCCAGCUGCAAAAGCCAGUAACAGGUCCAACAAUAGACCUCCAACUCCAACAACUGCUCCUCGAAAAAAGAAGGAUUUAAAGAACUUCAAGAAUGUUGAUUCUAGGCUUGCCCACCUGAUACUUAAUGAAAUAGUAGACAGUGGACCUUCAGUUCACUUUGAUGAUGUUGCUGGACAAGAUCUUGCAAAGCAAGCACUUCAAGAGAUUGUGAUUCUUCCUGCUCUUAGACCUGAACUGUUUACAGGACUGAGGGCACCAGCACGUGGAUUACUUCUCUUUGGCCCCCCUGGCAAUGGAAAAACUAUGUUGGCAAAGGCAGUAGCCACAGAGUCCAAUGCAACAUUUUUCAACAUAAGUGCUGCCAGCUUGACUUCCAAAUAUGUAGGAGAAGGAGAAAAACUUGUAAGAGCGCUGUUUGCGGUUGCACGAGAACUUCAGCCUUCCAUUAUUUUUAUUGAUGAAAUUGACAGUCUCCUAUGCGAAAGAAGAGAAGGUGAACAUGAUGCCAGUCGGCGAUUAAAGACAGAAAUGCUAAUAGAGUUUGAUGGAGUGCAGUCUGCAGGAGAUGACAGAAUUUUGGUGAUGGGUGCAACGAAUAGACCUCAAGAGCUGGAUGAAGCAGUACUUAGGCGUUUUACCAAAAGAAUUUAUGUAACGCUGCCUUCUGAAGAAACACGCUUGAGGCUAUUGAAAAAUCUCCUUGGUAAACAUGGUAAUCCAUUAAGCCAGAAAGAUCUGACAGAACUGGCCAGAAUGACAGAUGGCUAUUCAGGGAGUGACCUGACUGCGCUGGCUAAAGAUGCCGCUUUAGGCCCAAUAAGGGAACUCAAACCUGAGCAAGUUAAAAACAUGUCUGCAAAUGAGAUGAGAAAUAUUACUUUUGGAGAUUUCACAGAGUCUUUGAAAAAGAUUAAACGUAGCGUUAGUCCCCAGACACUAAAUGCGUAUAUGAAAUGGAAUAAGGACUAUGGAGACACCACCACUUUUUGACACAUAAUGGAAGUUCAGUAAAACAAUAGGCUCAUCUGCCAUACUUGAGAAUAAAGGGGACAACAUGGACCUUUGAGGUCAAAUAUGUUUGUAGAAGGUUUUCUACAUUCUACUUUUUGACACAAAAAAUUAAUUCAAGGAAGUGCACUAGAAAUGCUGACAUUCAGAAUAAUGUUCCCUACAGUGGUCUUUACAAAAAGGAAGAAGAGGAUUACAUUUUUUUUGCAAAACCGUGUGUAUUUGGUUUUAUUUCCCAGUAAUGGCUUUUAAAUAAUGCAAACAGCACAAUAAAUGAAGAACAAAUGAAAAUAAGAAUGUCAAAUAUUGACGUCAAGAAUUAUAUUACGGUCCUAACGUAAUCAUUCCAUUGAGCUUAACACAGUAAAUGCACCAGCACAGUUGCAAGAAGACCUGUGCCUUAAGUUAGGGGAAGAAAUAAAAUCUGCAAAAAUGCUGCCUUCUUUAUUUAUGUAAGUAAAUGUCAGUCAGCUAAUAAACAGGAACAUAGAGGUGAGAAUUGUUUAUCUUGACCGUUUUAUUAGCUUGCUUUUCCUUGUUAAAGUCUUCUUUAUUCUUCUUAACACACCUGCCAUUGGUUAUUUUAAUGCACAUUAUUGCCAGUGUUACAGCUUAGGUACUCAUUUUAUUUUUGAAUGAGAUGUCAGCUGAGCUGUCAAAAGAAUUAAGCUGCAGCCUUCUAGGCAGAACAAUAGGGCAUCAACAAUAUAUUAUAAAGUUGGUCAGGUGUGAAUGAUGAUCAUUUCUGGUAGAAUGCAAAUUUAUAUUCGCUUAUUUCUCACUGUUAAUUAAAAAGUUUUUGUGAUGUAAUUUAGUUCUGUAGUUUGAAUAUUUAUAAUAACAAGAUGAGCAUUACCGUAAACUUGAAUUUUGUAAUGAAGACUAGAAGUGCCCUUCGACUUAAAGAUCCAUCAUUUUCUAUUGGCUCAUUGUCUUUAAAAAGUAGCCUUAUUUUUAACAGCCAUUUUGUGUCAAAGUACAUAAUAUUGGUUAAAUCCUUUGGUGCUGUGCUCUUGAUUGAGAUGCUUAAUCAUUUCAGAUUGAUUUCCAACUGUGCAUUUGAUCAUGACUUUCUUGCAAUUGGAUACAUUUAAAGUUUUUAAAAUAAUUUCAUAAAAUGAAACAUUUGAUUUUGUAGCUUAUUUUAAACCUAAUUUAUAAUAAAGACUCAACAAAAGUAAAAUUUGUAUCAUUACUUCUCUGUGACACAAAAUUGCCUAGUUAGGGUAAUGGUAACGUUGUCCAUUGCUUUGGACAAAAAAUGUUUAGAGGCAUGUAAUAACAUGCAGAAGAAACCUGAAUAACCAGAUGAUGGAUCUACCUUUUUUCAAAGAAAGUUCUGGGUUUGUCAUCUGGUGCCGUUGAUGAUACUCAUUACCCUUAAAUCUUGGCAAUGUUUUGUAUGUGUUUUACUUAAUUAAUAAAUGGGUUUUUUUGAACUUAUGCACAGCAAAUUGGUUUUAUUCUUAUUGUUUUGAUGUCACAUUUCAUAUACCUGCAAAGUUCAAAUUCAGUUUUGUAUAAAUAGUUUUGUAACCAAAUGCUGGCAAUAAUUAUGUUUAGCUUUAAAAAUAAAGGAAAUUGGAUAAUUAUGGAGAAGUACGUAAUUUGAAAAUGUUAUAUUAAUGAUGUUUAGGUUGAGGUUUGUUUUGUACAAUUGAGGCUUUUUAAUAUUGAAUAAAAAUUAUUUUAUUAGUUAACUGUGAAGUGCAGCAUAAAAAGGAUAAUUUGAUCAUCCGUUAAUAUCAGUUGAUCUUGUGCAGUUUUGGUCAGCAACUGUGGGAAAGCCUACAUGCAUUUAACCAUAUUUUUUGAUGAUGGAAGUUUAAAAAUAUAGAUAUUUUUUUCUGUGAUACUGUGAUGCACAUCUCAUUAAAUGGCAAGACUGUUUCUGAUUAUUUCUUUGUUACUUAUAGCUUUAAUAGGGUUAAAUUUGAUCAAAGGCUAAAUGCCGCGAUUGUUUAUCCCAGUAUUUAUCCUAUUAAUAAAGGUCUAUAAUUCAGUGCCCACAGGCUCAACAGACAGUUCACAAGCUUUCUGGCUGCCUGUAAUUUUUUUAUUAAUUACCACUUGAACUAACUUUUCAUGAAAAGUUUAAGUAAAUUAAGCUUCUGACACAUUUAUUAACUUUGACAUUCGCUGCUACCACCAGCAGUCAUGCAUUUUCAGUGAGUGUCUUGUAUGAGUUUUGAAAUCUCUGCACUUAAAUGUAUUUUUUUGUUUAACAGAAAGUGAUUGAAAGCUUUUUUUUUUUUUGCCUGAAAGCCUGCUUUCAGAAUACAACAAAAAUUACCAAAAACGUGGUACUAGCUUUUCUUAUGGAUUACAUCAAACUGUAAAAUUUUUUGUUUUUGCUUUCUAUUUUGAGUAACACAGAAUUAUCAGGUUUACCAGAUUUUGUUUACUUGCCUUUUUCAACAGCUUAAAAUGUGGAACAUUUUAUUGUAUAUUUCAUCCAAUGGUAAAGCUGAGCCAUUACUGGAAAGCAAGUUUGUUUGUUUUUGGUUUUGUAUUUGUAUGUAUUUAUAAUUGAUUGGUAAUUAUUAAAUGUCAUCUUUGUUUAAAAAAACAGUUGGUAUUAAAAGUCAUUUUGUGUAAGCUUGCAAUUUAAACUUUUUAAAUUACUGUCAUCUUCAUCUAAAACCUUACACAAAUCUUAACAUAAUGGAAAGGGAUACAACAGUUACAAAUAAUUAUUUUCAUCAGAUAGUUUUCUGGGAUUUGAUCAGCCAAGUUUAACUGAAACUGUGACUGACCAUUAUCUUUCUCUAAUAAACAAAUUAUGCUAAAGGUGCACUUUUUAUACCAACUGAUGGCCGUACUUUCCAUAUGUACUUCCAAAUGUAAUGUUUGUUCUCUUUUGUAUGUAUAUUUACAAUGAGAAUGUGUUCAAAAAUAAUUACUUUCAAUAAGUACUCUUUUAUACACUCUGCCAAAGCAUGUUGCAAAUGGAAGAUGUGUCUGACAAAUUCUUGUUCAAGAGAACUGUUUUUGUAUAUGAUUUGUAUGGAUUAUUCUGUUUGGAAAUGUUUAUUUAAUGUACAUCAAAAACAGAAUGCCUUAAUGUUCUGCCAGAUGAAAUACUUAAAUAAACAGCUCAGAUCUUUCAAUA